AUGAAGUCGCUCGUCAUAGCCAGUAUCAUUGCACACUCUACCACAUUCAUCAGCGCCGUGUCGGCCUCUGUUCACGAUGCAGAAUGCUGUCAUGCUCUCCAUGCAUCGGCUCUCGGCAGCAAUGUCUAUUUCCCAAAGUCAAGUUCAUACGAUGACCGUCUUGAUUCGUACUGGUCGAGAAGCGCAGCUCUUGCGCCAACGUGUAUGGUUCUGCCGACCUGCACCGAGGAUGUGGCACAUAUUAUUAGGACUAUCGUGGCAAACAAUUGCUCCUUUGGCGUCCGCAGUGGCGGACAUGGGUCUUUUGCAUAUUCCAAUAGCGUCGAUGAGGGCAUCACGAUUGACUUUGGAUUCAUCAACAAGACCACAUACAACAGCGACACCAAGAUUGCCUCGGUCCCUCCCGGAAGCCAAUGGCAGCAGGUCUACGAAACCCUCGCUCCCUACGGCGUCACUGUCACGGGCGGGCGCGCCGGCACCGUCGGCGUGGCGGGUUUCCUCACGGGAGGCGGCAACUCGUUUCACUCGGCCUCGCACGGGUUUGGCUGCGAUAAUGUCCACAACUUUGAGGUCGUCCUGGCCGACGGGUCCAUCGUUGACGCCAACGCCGAGGCGCACGCGGACCUCUGGCAAGGCCUCAAGGGCGGCUCGGGCAACCUCGGCCUCGUCACCCGCUUCGACAUGUACGUGAUUGACUUUCCGGACCCUGGCGUGACGGAUAUCUGGGGCGGCGUCGUGGGCUACGACCUCGGCGCCACCGACGCCGUCAUUGAUGCCUAUAUCGACUUUGCCGACAACGUCUACAAGGAUCAAAACAGCUCGACUCUUCCCUACUUGGCCUAUGUGCCCGAGGCGGGCGGCAUGAUUCUCAAUGUUGCACUCGACAAUACCAUCAAUGCCGCGUUCCCACCAGCCUUUGAUGGCUUUCUGUCAGUGCCGGGCAUUACUGCUACUUCGCUGAGAUCUGCGCCGAUGCAAGAAAUCACGGCAGAGCUUGGACUCGCGCAGCCAUAUGGCUUUCGACACUUGUGGUUCUCGAGCGGUUACAAGAAUGAUGCCCGCAUAAUGAGAUAUAUCGUGCAAAAACACAAAGAGAUCGUUGCACGCUUGGUUCCAGACUAUCCCGCGGAUAGCGGGUUCAACACACUCUGCUUGUUCCAGCCCAUUACGCAGACUCUCGUCGGGCACAGCGCCGCGAAAGGCGGCAAUGUCUUGGGCCUCGAGGACCGCGUCAAAGACGGCAACGGGGUCAUGUUCCUCCUGGGCAUCGGCAUUCACAGUGCAGAAGAUGAGGCCAAGCUAUGGCCUAUUUUUCGAGAGUGGUUUGAUGAUGUUGACAGCUAUGCUACGUCCAUUGGGGCGAAUUGGAAUUGGCAUUAUCUAAACUAUGCAAACUUGGCCCAAGAUUCCCUUGCAUCGUAUGGCAAAGCAUCGGUGGAAACGAUUCGAAGGGUUUCCGAGAAAUAUGAUCCGGGUCAAGUCUUUCAAAAAUUGCGAAAGUCGGGAUUCAAGAUUCCGGCAGAGGUUCACGAAGGGACCUAUGGGUAUCAAGGAGCAAACAUUGAAGAUUACUCCUCUAUUGAUCAAAAAGUGUUGGGAUGA